UUUUCCCAUGUUCCAGCUGUGCUUUCGUCACGUCUUCCACCGUGUACCGCGCUGACAGCCGCUGGGAUGACAGCGUGGAGAGGAGAAACACACCCACGGCGGUGCUGUAUAAAACUCGGACACCCACGGCCACGGAGACAUGGAGACCCACAGCUUUGACCUGGGACAAUUCCUACCUGGACCUUCAUCAUGGGCGUCAUCAUCUCACAGAUCUUCUCCAGGUUCACCUCCAGGACUCCCGUCAGGAUUUUAAUGGUGGGACUGGAUGCUGCAGGGAAAACCACUCUGCUGUACAAACUGAAGCUGGCCGAGGUGGUCACCACCAUCCCGACCAUCGGUUUCAACGUGGAGACGGUGGAGUAUAAAAACAUCAGUUUUACAGUUUGGGAUGUUGGUGGUCAGACCGUCAUCAGACCCCUGUGGAGACAUUACUACACCAACACGCAGGGUUUGAUUUAUGUGGUCGACAGCAACGAUUCGGAGAGGAUUAAAGAGGCUGCAGAGGAGCUGCACAUACAGCUGGAGGAGGAUGAGCUGAAGGGCGUACCUGUACUAGUUUUUGCUAACAAACAGGAUUUGCCGAGGGCCAUGUCGGUCAGUGACAUCACCGAGGCCCUGAGCCUAUCAGGGGUCCAGCAGCCGUGGUUUGUCCAGCCCUCCUGUGCCGUCAGCGGUGCCGGUCUGGUAGAGGGUCUGGACUGGCUCUCCAACCAGAUCCUGAAAAAGUAGCAGCUGAGAUGUUCUGAUUGCCAAUGUUUCUGCUGAGCCUUUGAAGGCACCAGGCAGACGGUGCUGCUGUUUCUCUGGAAGAACUUGAAGGAUCUUCUGAGAAAAUGUCCAAACCUUUAAAUUUAUUGCACUUUUCUCCUCUAAACCCGGGAAUCUGUUCGGGUUCGGAAUAGUUGUGAUAUUUACAUGACCGUGAUGUUGUUUGCCAAGUUGGUAGCACUGUUGCCUUGCAGCAAGAAGGUCCUGGGUUCGACUCCCGGCUGGGGGUCUUUCUGCAUGGAGUUUUUAUGUUCUCCCUGUGCAUGCGUGGGCUCUCUCUGGGUACUCCUGCUUCCUCCCACAGUCCAAAAACAUGACUGUUAGAUCUGUCUAACAGACUUUAGAGAGACCAAUUAAUCUAAUUAAGACAGAUCUGAUAGAUCUUUGGACAGAUCUAAAUUGCCCUUAGGUGUGAAUGAGUGUGUGCAUAGUUUGUCCUGUAUGUCUCUGUGUUUUCCUGCGAUGGACUAGUGACCUGUUCAAGGUGACCCCGCCUGUCGCCCGUAGACCGCUGAAGAUAGGCACCAGCUCUCCCGUGACCCAGUAUGGAAGAAGUGGAUAUAGAAGAUGGAUGGAUGGUUUUCUUGCUUCUAAACACAACGUUGUGCACCACGAGUCCUUGUUUAUUGUGGUGUUUUUCCAACAGGUUAGUUGUGUGCAAUAAAAGAACUGAAGUUCUGAUGGUAAUUUUAAAAGAGAAAA